GAAGAAUAGCACUCUCGCAUUCAUGAAAGAGUUGUAGAGUGAAUAAAUAAUGUGAGAAUACAGAUUGGAAGCAUUACAUAUGUAGUGUGUUUAGAUAUAUAUAUAUAUUAUUUCUGGGCAAAUUGCAAAACUGAUUGUAUGAAGGAUUGAAUAAUAAUUAUGGAUUUAUUGUAUUUCAUAAAUGUUAAUAUAAUAUGAUGACAUGACCAUGAAAAACAAAACACUGUAAUCACAUCAUAACACAAUACUACUACUAAUACUACUAUUACUACUACUACUACUACUCUCUUAAUGUGGAAUUACCAAUCAUGGCCUAUCAUGAAACGAUGAUCGCCAACGGUAAUGUGACAGCAAAAUUACCAACCACGAUCACUACGAUUCCUACUACGACUACUACCACUACAGUUCGACAAGCAACUACAACGAAUCCAUUAACACCUUACUUUCAUACAACUACUACACCAAGAUGGGAAUAUUUACUACUUUAUAUUAUACCAUUUGGAACAAUAUGGGGAAAUAUAUUUGUUUGUUUAGCUGUCUACAUAGAAAGACGAUUACGUCAUCGAUUCAAUUUAUUUUUAGUUUCAUUGGCUAUCAGUGAUUUACUAUGCGCUUUAUUAGUAAUGCCUGUUUCUGCAUGGCAUAUGAUUAUGGGUCAAACCAACAGUGAUUUAGCCUUAUGUUUAAUAUGGUAUAGUUUAGAUAUAUUUUUCACUGCAACAACUAUCAUACACAUGUGUAAUAUUUCAUUGGAUCGAUAUUUAGCAUUAAGACAACCAUUUGGUUCAGUAAGAACACAACCACCACAUCAUCCAUUGAAUACACUGAGUGCACGUAUUAUUUUCUCAUGGUUAAUACCAUUCUCUAUAGCUGGACCAUUAUUUUUGUAUGCAUUAAUGAGACAAGACAAAGAAUCCAUGGAAUAUGAAUCAUUAUUGACAACGACAACAAUGAUGAUGAAUUAUCAAGGUUAUUCGUUAGAUGACAACCAAUCAGUGUUCACUACUACUACUGAUGAUGUCACAAUGUCAUUGGAAGAUCAAUUUCAUGCUACAGAAUCAUCAUAUAAAGGUUGUGGACCAAAUCAUCCAAGUUUUGCUUUAACAGCUAUAUUAAUCACUUUUAUUCUACCAUUAAUCAUAAUGAUUGUCACGUAUAUUUUAACUGUGCAUACAUUACGCAAACAUAUGAAACAAAUUCAAGCAGUACAAUUGUAUACAGUGACAAAAAAACAAUGUCGUGAUACAAAUCGUCGACUAACCCUAACAUCAUUGCCAACAUUGUCCACGCCGACAUUAUCAUCAUCAACAUCACCGACGCCAUUAUUAACAACACCGACGACGACAACAACAACAACAACAAAAUUACUGACGACCAUUGUCAAUCAAAAUGUUGCAUCAAGUGAUAUGACUGCUGUUACUACUACUACUACUACAACUACUAUUACUUGUACAGGAAUGAAUGUUACUGUGACAAAGAAUACACUACAAGCCAAAUAUUAUAAACCAUGGCCUAUUAAACAAUGGAAAUCAUUAAAAUCUAAUCAUCAUUCAUGUCAAUUAUGGCAAAAACCAAUGGAAACAACAACUUUCUCCGCUAGUAAUACGAUCAUCCUAACAGAUGAACCUAGUAUUAUGACAACUAGCACGCAUAGUUACAAUGAAAAUACAUUGAAUGUAAAAAAACCAACAAAAGAUUCAUUACAUGAAGAGACUAGCGUGUCGACUGGUAUCUCCAGCGUUCAAUCAAAUAAAAUGAAAUCUAGCAAAAUUAUUAAUCAUUAUACGACAAUUAGACAAAGUUCUACAACUUCAACGAAUCCUUCAAUGAUGAGCAUUGAUCGAAUACAUAGUGCAAAACGUGCAGUUCGUGUUAUCGGUGUACUAUUUGCCAUAUUCUUAAUAUGUUAUCUACCAUUUUUUAUUGUUUAUUUCAUUGAUGUAUUAUGCACAGCAUGUAGUAAACAAUGUACUGGCAAGGCAAUGGCACAUUUAGAAUGGUUAGGAUAUCUUAGCUCUAUGCUAAAUCCAUUUGUUUAUCAUGCAUUUAAUCCAACAUUUCGUCGAACCUAUAGAAGAAUGUUAAGAUGUGCAUGUUUUUGUCCACAUAGACAAAGACAUGCAUAUUAUGCGAAUUGGCGGAGAAAAAUUAAAAUCUAAUCUAGAUUACAAAAUUUCUUUUUUUUUUAUAUGCCUAUGUAAUACGUAUUUAUGUAUAGAGAGAGAGACAGAGAUUGCAAAAAUUUUACAGUCGGAAAAUAAUGUUCAAAAAUAUAUUAUAUUUCUUGAUUA